AUGUCUACACACAACCCUAUUUCCACCUUCGUCGGCCCUCAAAGCUCACGAGAUCCCGACGACGACUUUGGGCUGAACAACUCCCACCUCCCUCCCACCCCUUUCGACAGCAACCUCCUCUCGCCGUUCAACCCAUCGCACACCAUUAGCAACUCUGCGAGUCCUUCCUAUAAUAUCGGCAGCACACCUGGCGAGUCUGAGUACAGCAACUAUCAGCCCAGCGAGUUCAGUGACGGUGACGACCCUUUCUUCGGCGUGAACUUUGACGCCGGAGUUGGGAGAGUCGACUCUGGUCUCAGUGCCAUCGGGUUUCACGUCGCUGAUCUCAAUCGUCCAUUACCAGGUCCUCCAGCGCAGGUUCAGCCCCCGUCUGCGACCUUCACAAACUCGACCUAUCCUCUCAGCCCCAUACAUAGCAGUUCACCGAACAGUCCCUAUUCCAAGGGAGCAGUCGGUGAUACAAAGGGUAUUGCUGCCAUCAUACAGCACGAGCCAACCACUGAUUCCCACAAUCUGCGAUAUCAGAACGUGAAAUCUCUACCAACCACGCAACCCGCUACCCUACAAUUAACUCCCGACCUCAGUAGCAGUAGCCACACUAGCGCUGAAGGCAUUGAGCCGGGUUCCAUCUCACGACCAGAAGACAGCGCCGCCAUUAUGGCCACGCAGUGGAAAGUAGUGCAGCAGCAGGACCGACCGAACAGCUUCGUCCAGUCGAGCGGACAGUACAACGUCGGUAGCCAUUUCGAGGGCCAAUUGCCCAAUCACACCGCCCAAGGCUCUGCUCCAACCAUAAUGCGAAACGAGGAGGGGCAAUGGAGAUCGGAUGAAACGACUGGUCAAGCUGGACUUGGUCCUGAUGCUCGAAGAGAGCUGUCGAACGUCGAAGUCCCCACCUUGAACGAAGCCGAAGAGCGAAGGCGAAUUGAUGGCAAGAACCUUGAUAUUGAAGAGUGGAGAUCGCAGGCGGGUGGAAGCGAAGCCGGAGACGAACAACCCCCUCACUUCAACCACAACCCCUUUCAACAGACUCCCUCUCAGCUUCCUCAUGAAGAUGAGAAUAGCGAAAUCUUCCCUUUGGAUGAUGCGGCUAGCAUACAUGAAAACCGACCGAUCGAGGGCCAAGUCUACUAUGACUUGGCCAAUCUCAAUAUUACGGAAACUGACAAAGCUUUAAUGACUCUACCACGACAUUGGUACGAUCCUCCGACAAUCCCCGAGAUCACUACCACCUCAAAUCAGCCUUUGACUUCAAGUGAGGCCAUGAUGCGGUUUCAGCAGGCAUCCGACACAGUCUCGAUAGCGUCCCGGGCAGCAACCUGGGGCACGAGGCGCCGACGACUUAGUGAACCCAGCUUGUCUGAAUACGACGCUGUCAUUGAUGGUAGCUUCCUUAAGAGACUGUCCAUAAGCAAAUCUCGCGAAGGAGAGCGUCGCCCUAGCAACUUCUUUGACCAAGGACUUGAUCGACUGGAUCGGUUAGCCAACAUUGUCCGGAUGAGGAGCGACAGCAAACUCAAACGAGUGCGGAGCUCGACCAACAUGCCGGAAGAGAGACAGAAUCCGCCACAAGGACGACACAACAGUGCAGGAACUCUAGCACCGCCGUCAAGAUCUGGCAGCAUGAAGAAAGGACCGCCAAGCAUCAAUACUGCCCUCGCUGCCAUGGCAGGACCUCUUGCGGCCGUCGGAACGACACACACCCGCAAAGGCUCCAUUGGGGGCAACCCUGCCUCUCCCCAAAGCCCUGUAGAACACCUAAGUGUCCGAAGGGGGUGGUCGCAUCGAAGGAGGAGCAAGAGUGAAUUGAAUCCACGUGACAGGCAGACAGGUCUUGUAGGUCUCAUGAGGGCGCAAGGGGGUCCUCCUGUGGUCAAUCUCGCCACCGGAGCUCCUGAGGUUGAAUCAAGGAGGUCCGAGCGACAACAGCCAGAUGAUCGGGAUCUGGACGAAGACGACGAUGAAGAUGAAGAUCAAGCGGAUGAGGGUGACAUGAAGAUGGAGCUGGAAAAGGACCCCAUAACACCAAAUUAUGAAGGUUUCAAGGCGCAUGUAUUGCGCUUGAACCCUGAGAUGGGCCCCAAGAAUAAGUGGCUUGUGAGUAGAAUUGCCAAUCAACAGGAGAUCCGGUAUAAGAAUCUGCUUGAUCUGCGCGUCAAGCACUCUCAAGCUAUUCUGUCUCGAAGCUGCUCUACUGGUCUUCUUUGUGUCACCCAAAAUGGCGGUGCCACUUCAGCAGAUGUAAAAGUGCGGGCUUCUUCAGAUCAAGGUCCUUUGCAGUUGGUAACAGACUUCAAUUCUGACAACGAUUCCAAUCCUGGGGAAGGCGCUCUUAACGAUGAGACUUUCCCACAAGGAGUCCCUAUGCCGCCAACUCGGAAUCUUCCAGCGGAGUUCGAAUGCCAGCUGUGCUUCAAGGCGAAGAAGUUUCAAAAGCCAUCUGAUUGGACGAAGCAUGUUCACGAGGAUGUACAGCCAUUUACCUGCACGUACGAGAAGUGUAAGGAGCCAAAGUCAUUCAAGAGAAAAGCAGACUGGGUUCGACAUGAAAACGAGCGACAUCGCCACUUGGAGUGGUGGAUCUGUCAGUAUGAGGAUUGCAGGCAUCCUUGUUACCGUAAGGAUAACUUCUUACAACAUCUUGUCCGUGAACACAAGUUGCCAGAACCAAAGCAGAAAACCAAGGCCGCCAUCAAGAAAGCUCGCCUGACAGAGCCCGCGUGGAUAAUGCUAGAGCAAUGCCAUCACGAGACAACAAGUCGACCACAAGACGAGCCUUGCAAAUUCUGCGGCAAAACAUUCCCAACAUGGAAGAAAUUGACUGUGCAUCUUGCGAAACACAUGGAGCAUAUCAGUUUACCUGUCCUUCGUCUGGUGGAACAGAAGGCGGUUGAUGCGAAUACCAUCAUCAGUCCCGUCGAGAAUAUCAUCUCCCCGGUGACACCUGGCAGCAUAACAAAAAUGGAGCCUUCUUCAAGCCCUUUCAACAUUAUGAACGUCACCCCACACAUCCCGGCUGGUGCUCAGUUCGCCUCUACGGGUUUUGAUCAGCCCGCCUAUUUCUCAACGGCAGGGUCGAACUACAACAACCUGGACUCAACCAUGAACUAUCAACCGAACACCACCAUGUACCCGAAUGCUUUUCCCAUUCAGCAGCCUACUUUUGGUUCGAUGGGAUCAAAUGGCAUGCAUACGAUGAAUAACACUCGCUCGUAUGAGUUGAUGGACCCUGGAUUCACGCAACCCAAGAUGGAACAGCCUGACCCAUACCGACAACCAAUGGGGACUGGGUACCCAAAUGUAGUGCCGACCCAGAACUACAAUAUGCAUCAUCAGCCCUCGGGAUAUUCAAUGCCGCAGAGCCUCGACGGACUGCCGGCAGCAUCCAGCUAUCAAAACUCGACUAUCCUCGGUAUCAGCCAGGCAGGAUAUCAGUUUGACCCAAUGGCAGUUGACCCAGGACCGAACUUCCAGCAACAACCGACACCGAUGAGCCGUGCACAGGGGAGCGCGUCGUCAUAUGCUCACGGGCACUCGCCGCCACAACAAGUUUCUUAUUAUCAGCAGUGA